AUGAAGAAACCUCCAAUCAAGCCUGAAUCGAUAGGAAAAAACGUUGAUCCUCUGAGGUUACAGCAAGAGAGCUCUUCUGACUCCUCUGAUGGUGGAGCGUUGGAAGCUGACAGCUCUCCAAACAAAAUUUCUGAGGAUGUUUUCAAGUGCUUGUCUAACAUCUUUCUAAGACUCAGCACAACAAAGAACAGGACUGUUGAAUCAAAGGCCAUUCCUUCUCUAAUGCUGAGCAAUCAAGAAACAGAGAUUCGGGAUCCUUACAGCAUGUUUUCAGAAUUCAGAAAGCGAGAAAUUGGUCCUUAUAAGCAUCUCUGUUCAAUUGAAGCUGGCUCAAUUGAUUUCAACAGGAAAACAAAUGCUUUAUUUUUGGUCCAUAGACUCGAGCUUCUCCUCAGCAAGCUAGCCUCUGUCCAUUUGGAGGGUCUUACACAUCAGCAGAAGCUUGCAUUUUGGAUAAACAUUUACAAUUCCUGCACGAUGAAUGCAUUUCUAGAGCAGGGCAUACCCGAAACUCCUGAAAUGGUCGUAGCACUGAUGCAAAACGCAACGAUAACUGUGGGGGGACACUUGCUAAAUGCAAUUAUGACUGAGCAUUUUGUCUUGAGGUUGCCUUACCACUUGAAAUAUACUUGUCUGAAAGUUUCAAGAAAUGAGGAAAUGAAAGCAUGCAGUAUAUUCGGAUUGGAGUGGUCUGAACCCUUGAUUACAUUCGCACUUUCAUGUGGAAGUUCGUCCUCCCCAGCUGUUAGGGUGUAUACUGCAUCUCAAGUUGAGAACGAAAUGGAGGGCGCAAAGCGAGACUACUUACAGGCAGCAAUAGGCAUUUCAAAAGAAAACAAGUUUAUAGUUUCAAAGCUGUUAGAUUGGUAUCUUCCUGACUUUGCAAAGGACUUGGAAGCACUUCUGGAUCAGGUUUGCUUGCAGCUCCCUGAUGAACUGAGGAAUCAAACAGUUAGAUGCCUAGAGAGAAAGGAAACGAAGCCUCUUUCACAGUUGGUACAAGUCAUGCCAUACAAUUUCAGUUUCAGGUACCUCAUACACUCACCACCAAGGGUUUGGUGAGCAAGUGGCUUUGGGUUCAAGUCUCCAUGGGGGCAAUGCAGAUUUUGGCUUCUGCUCGCUAGGACCCUGUUGUGGUUCGGUUGGGUUUGGGUCAAGGUAUGGCUCAAACAUCUUGAAGGGGUGCCUCCAGUUCUCCCAUGUGCAAUACUGCAGGCACUCCUGCUUUUGCAGGGCCCGUGUAGACACUUCCUUUCUGGCUCUCUAACGGUUAGGGGCUCCUUUAGUCACGCCCAAGGAGGUGGCUGCUAAUGUAAAUGAUAAUGUGAAGUAUACAUGUAAUGUAGUCCUUGCACAAGUUGCAAGAAACUGUGGGGGGAGAGAUUAUUUUCUCUCCUAAAUGGGUUUUGGGGAUGGAUUCAAAUUGGUUUUACAAAAGAGUAUAUGAUAA